UCAGCUGUAUAAAUAAGAGUUUCUUAUCAAUUGACGUUCGAUUAAGGCGCUAUUUUUCGGUUACCGUUCAAAUGGAGAUACAUAAAUCCCUUUUAGUCGUUCUGAUCAUACAAUGUCUGCUCGUGGUUGAGUAUGUUCGACCCGAUUGUGGGUGCAAUAAACUCAAACGACAGGCGGAAGGACAGGAAAACCCCACGGAGCAAGUUCUAUUUCCUAAUGGCAAAUCAGAAGAUCACGAGCAUAAACCAGAGCGGUUGGUGGAUUUGGUAGAACAUUCCAAAAAGUAUGAAAAGAUGAGCUUAAUCCCUGGUGGAGAAUACAGCAUUGGAACAAACGAGCCUAUCUUUGUGAAGGACCGAGAAUCGCCGGCACGAACCGUAUCGAUCGGCGAGUUCUACCUCGACCAGUACGAAGUUUCCAACGCUCAGUUUCAAGAGUUUGUUGACCAAAUGGGUUACACUACAGAAGCAGAAACGUUCGGCGAUAGCUUUGUGUUUCAGCAGCUCCUGUCGGAGGAGGUGCGCAAACAGUACGAAGAUUUUCGCGUCGCUGCCGCCCCCUGGUGGUAUAAGGUGAAGGGCGCCUCUUGGAAGCACCCGGAAGGAGACUCGUCACGUGACAUCAGCAACCGGCUGGACCAUCCCGUUGUGCAUGUCUCGUGGAACGAUGCCGUUGCUUACUGCAAGUGGAAGGGCAAACGGUUGCCAACGGAAGCUGAAUGGGAAGUGGCCUGUCGCGGGGGACGCAAACAGAAACUGUUUCCCUGGGGUAACAAACUGCUUCCGAAGGAACAGCACAUGAUGAACAUAUGGCAGGGUGCAUUCCCGGACAGCAACCUGGCGGAGGAUGGAUGUGAGAGCACGUGCCCGGUAACGGCCUUCCGGCAGAAUCCAUUCGAUCUGUACAACAUCGUGGGAAACGUGUGGGAGUGGACUUCGGACUUGUGGGACGCGAAGGAUGCCACCGCCGAGCGGAAACCAGGUGUUGACCCACCGAAUCGUGUUAAAAAGGGUGGAUCCUACCUCUGCCAUGAAUCUUAUUGCUAUCGCUAUCGAUGUGCUGCUCGCUCGCAAAACACGGAGGACAGUUCUGCCGGAAAUCUUGGUUUUCGAUGUGCUGCAGAAGUGAACUGAAACCAUUCAAACUAGACGAACGGUUUUGUGAUGUGCACAACCAAGUAUUUUAUCCUAAUAAAUCUCAAUUUGAAA